AUGACACAGUCCACCACUGCAACAAAGGGCAGGGCGCUGAAGCUGCCUUGGCACAUCUGCAUCUUCCACAACACCUUUUUGCAGCCACAGCGGAGGAGUGAGGCAGACAGGUCCCUGCUGUCCAGGCUGGGGCUCUUGCAGAGUCGUUUCUGCUGGUCUCUGCAGGACGGCGUCGACGUGGACCGGCUCGCCUGCCGCCUGCAGGAGCAGCUGGAGGGUCCGGCCGAGCGGGACGGCGUGGAGCAGCACCACCGCGGCCUGCUGGCCUACGUCAGGUACCUGCAGGACAGACCGGAGGAGGCGGUGCUUCUCCUCAACCAAUCAGAGGAGAGAACCAGGGAGCGUUUUGGGGAGGAGAGCGAGCGGCGGCUCAUCGUGACGUACGGAGACCUGGCCUGGCUGAGCUACCACACCGGAGACUACACACUCUGUGAGGCAUACUGCGGCAGGGUGGAGGACAUACUGUUAAAGAACCCUACCGGUUCUCCUUCGGUUCUCCUCCCAGAGGUGUAUGCAGAGAAAGCCUGGACCUUCCUCAAGGUGUCGGUGCAUUACUACCCCAGAGCCAUCGAAUGUUACCGCAAAGCCGUGGAGCUGCAGCCUGACAACAGCGAGUGGAACAGUGGCUACGCUGUCGCCCUCUACCGCAACGAACGGAGGAAUCUACCGGCCCCUCUGAGCGAGGAGGACUCUCCAGCCGUCAGGCAGCUUCGCCGAGCCCUGGAGCUCAGCCCCAACAACGGAUCUCUGCUGGCGCUGCUGGCUCUGAGGCUGUGGGCCCUCCAGCAGCACCAGGAGGCUGAGGAGCUGGUGCAGCAAGCGCUGGAGCUGGGGCCUGACGGCACCGUGGUCACGCGCUACAUCAUCAUGUUCUUCUGCCAACAGGACGACAUGAACCGCUCCAUCGAGCUGCUGAAGCGAGCGCUGCACAACAACAAGGAGUCGGCCUUCAUCCACCAGCAGCUGGCCUUCUUCUACAAGGACAAGAAGGUCGCUCUGUUCAAGAAGACCUACUACAACGAGGAGAUGCAGUACUGGAGGCGUCUGAUGAUCGAGCACCUGGAGGAGGCCGUCCGCCUGAGGCCCUCCUUCCUCAUGGCCCGGGCCGAGCUGGCCAUGAUGUACGCCGAGGAGCAGCAGAGAAGCAGAGCUAAGGAGCUGUUCCAGGAGACCUUGAUGAUGUCAUCAGAGAGGGACAAGUACAUCCGUCAGUUUGUCCACCUGCGCUUCGCUCAGUUCCACCACUACCACACCAGAGAGGAAGCCACGGCCAUCCAGUACUACACCAAGGGUCUGCAGGCAACCGUGACCACGAUGGAGGGAAAGAAGUGUGCGGAGAAGCUGAGGCAGAUGGCAGAGCGGCGUCUGGCCCGGCGGCGUCACGACGGCGAGGCACUCGCCCUGUUGGAUCUGGUCUGCCGCACCGAGGCCGAGGGCGAGGGCGAGGGCGAGGGUGAGGGCGGGGCCGCCGGACGCCCGGAGAGAGAGAGCCACGACGCCCCGCGACGCACGACCCAUAGUGCCGCUCUGCUGACACAUGACCCAUGAUGCCGCUCUGCUGCCUUGAUCAAACGCCUCGUCAAGCUCUUGUUAUCACAUUGUUUUAUUUUGAAAAACUCAGCCUCGGUGCCUGGCAGGCUCAGAUUAUAAUCCCGAGUGUUCCAGAAACUUCUUCUCUCUAAU